AUGAUAUCUCUUCUAUGCCAUGUUAUAUCUGGAUCUCUUACUGAAAAUCUCUUAGUAACGAGAGACUUAUCUAUAAAUGAGUGGGAUGUUAUUAUAGUACAAGUUAAGAGUCUUUUCCAUAUAGAGUUCACAGCCUGUCUAUUUGUAGCUAUUCUUGAUGAAAUCAAUACCAUUAUGCAUCAAAUGUCUAGCGAUACAAAUGCACGGGAAUCUGAGAAUGCAAUACGUGAUGUAUUAAGAUCUGCGAGACAUGUUUUGGCCAUAGAUGCCUUUACGAAUAAGUCGACAUUAGCAUUUCUUAAAGUAUAUCAUGGUGAAGACAUUCAUAUAAUUAAUAAUAGACACCAGCCUCAUGUGAAUGAGAUGGUUGAAAUUCUUUAUGAUCUGAAUAGCGAAGCCAAAGUUAUAAGAAUAGGAUAUGAUCUUUUGAGGCAAGGAAAACUUGUGAUAUUUAUAUUUACUAGAGCAGUGAUGGCUAGAGCAUUAGUAGAAAAAGCAUCUAAGUUAUCUAAACCUGAUAAUUUACCUGUUAGGGCCUUAGAAGCAGGUAUAUCUUUUGAAAUUACAGGUUAUUUUGAUAUAGUCAUAGCCAUUACAAAUAUUGCUACUCUAGUUCAUAAAAAUUCUAAUAAACUUUUUCACCUGCCAGCAAUAAAGAGAUAUUGUGAAUGGAAUAAUAAUACUAUUUCUUAUAAAGUUAAUGAGUCUCCAGCUAUAAUAACUUUCUUUGAAGUUGAGCAUCAAAAACGUCUUUCUGCAAGAUAUUUUAUUGAAAAGCUUUGUAGUCUCAUAGCCAGUACAGGUGCUUUUUUUCAACUUAUAAAAAUGAAUGAGAGUCAAGGAGGUAUAGGAAAUUGCAAAAGAAAUCUUAGUCUUGAAGAAGCUGAAGUCCUUAAAUUUGACCAAGAGUGUUCUAUCGCAGAUACUAUAGCACCUAAACGUUUUUAUAUGUGGAAUCUUUAUUGUAAAUACAUGAGUAUUGAGGACUGA